GGCAACAUCGACGAAGAAUUGUCAAUAAUUAUAUCGGCGGACUACCCACAACCGUUGAUAUUCACCGCUAAAACCUUGAGUUUUACUUUCUCACUAGCAGAUUUGUUGUAAUUGCCGGUGGAUAGUGUUCGAGGUCCAGCUACGUUAUAAACCGAAACCUUAUCAUGACUAUCGACUUGUACUACGUUCCGGGUGGUGCACCUUCUAGAAAUGUUUUGCUCGCAGCUAAAGCUGUAGGAGUGGAACUUAACCUAAUUCGUCUCGAUUUGAUGAAAGGCGAACAUCUAUCACCAGAAUUUCUUAAGAUUAAUCCCCAACAUACUGUACCUACAUUGAACGACAAUGGUUUCGCUUUAUGGGAAAGUCGAGCCAUCAUGACUUAUCUGGCAGAUCAAUAUGGCAAAGACGACAGUUUGUAUCCCAAGGAUCCGAAGAAGAGGGCUAUCGUCGACCAAAGAUUAUAUUUCGACAUGGGAACUUUAUUUGCAAGUUUUGCCGAUUAUUAUUAUCCCAUGAUUUUUAUGGGGGCCAGUGCCGAUUCUGCUAAAUUCGAAAACAUCGGAAAGGCAUUCGAGUUUUUGGAUAAAUUUGUUGGCAAUAGUGACUUCGCUGCAGGCAACAAUCUUACUCUGGCCGAUCUAGCGCUCGUUUCAACAGUUUCCAGUUUUGACAUAAUGGACUACGAUCUUACUCCUUACAAAAACGUAGUUAGAUGGUAUGCAAAGGUCAAGAAAACUGCCCCAGGCUAUGAAGAAGCCAACGAGAAGAACUUGAAAGAAUUUAAAGCUUUAGUUGAUCAAUUAACAAUAUUCACUUACUGUGUGAACAAACUCGAUGUUUCGGCAUUAUUGUGCCUUUCCGAAGAUUCAGUUAUUGUUAAAUGUACUAAACUUACUUUAAGAUACUCCGGUGUAAGAUUUUCUCCAUUCAUCACAUUAGUACGUAUAAGGUUGAGAUCGACGCCUAAAGCUCUAGCCGCAAGCAAUACACUUCGGGAAGUUGCAGCUCCUGCCGCCACUUUUUUGUACCUGUGUGCUCUUUAUUCGGCAAUUAUAUCAAAACCAACCAUUACUAUGACUAUCGAUUUAUACUAUAUUCCUGGAGCUGCUCCUUCAAGAAACGUUUUGUUAGCAGCUAAAGCUGUAGGAGUUGAACUCAAUCUAAAACGUGUUAAUGUGAUGAAAGGGGAACAACUUACACCAGAAUUUGUAAAGUUGAAUCCACAACACACUCUACCGACGUUAAACGACAACGGAUUCGUUUUAUGGGAAAGUAGAGCUAUUAUGACAUAUCUGGCAGACAAAUACGCCAAAAACGAUAGUCUUUAUCCGAAGGAUGUUCAAAAAAGAGCUCUAGUCGACCAAAGAUUAUACUUCGACAUGGGAACUUUAUACGCAAGUUUUUUUGAUUAUUACAUACCGGUGAUAUUUCGUGGAGCAAGCAUCGAUCCUGCUAAGUAUGAAAAGAUUGGAAAGGCUUUCGAAUUUCUAGACACAUUUAUAGGCAACAACGAUUUCGCAGCCGGUGAUAAUCUCACUUUAGCCGACCUAUCUCUCGUUUCAACAGUAUCAAGUUUCGAUAUUAUGGAUUAUGAUUUUAGUUCAUACAAAAACGUCGUUAGGUGGUACGGUAAAGUUAAAGCAACCGCCCCCGGUUACGAAGAAGCAAAUGCCAGAAAUGUACGAGAAUUUAGAGUUAUAGCUGAUCAAGUGAGAAAACUGUAAUGAAUCCAUUUCUGUUUUAUUAAAUAUAUUUUCAUAAAAAAGA